AUGAGUUAGGAAAGCUUUCAAAAUCAAAUAUUAUAAUAAUAAAUUUAAUUAUAGAAUGUCUAUCGAAGUUUCGAUGGAGCAGAUUCAAGAAUUAGAGUAUAUUUUUAUAUAUUAUAUAGAUGGAUCAUAUUUAAAAAGUAUAAUGCUAGUUUAUUAAAUGUUUCAAUAAUCUUCUACGUCAUUAAAAUAAUAAGAAAAAAUCUAAUAUAAUAGUGCUGCCAUAUUAAGGAACUCAUUUUUAUGUACGAUACAAAAUUAAAUUUAUUAAGGUCCACUUUAAGGAUGAAAUAAAUCUUAAAAAGGCUAAAGUCUUAGAAUCUACAGAUAGUAAUUUUGGAUAAUUCUCCUUUUUAAAGCCUUAAAUACCAUUUAUACCUUGUAUUACUAUUCUGAUAUUUAGUUUCACCGUUCUAAAGUAUUGCUCCUCAUUAUUCUUAAGAAAUAAAAUUUUAGAGAAUAAAUUCUAUUAUGUAGAGUCAAGACAGAUAUCUUACUCAUCCUAGACAGAAUAACUAAUAAGCCUAACAUUUUAAGAUGAAAGACAAAUUUUUCGUUUUCUCAGGUAAGGCUGAUGAAUCACAAUCAAUUCAUUCAGAAGAAUAAGAUAAUGAUGAGAAGAUGUCAGAUCAUUCAUUCUUAGUUAAAAAAUCAAAGAAAAUCAAUAAAGUCAAUGAUACAAAAAAUAUAACUAAAAAUUUUUCAAAAGCGAUUAUCAGUUAUAUUACUUAAAAUAAAGACAUAGGUUUGAAAUUGUUGGAUAAUAGAGAAUUUGAAGAUUUUAUGUAAAUAUUGAAAGAGAAAAAAAAUAAGAUGACAAAUAUCCAAUAAUUAAGGGAAUUGUGGGUUGAUUGUGAGGAUGAAAAACUAAAAUAAUUCAAUUAAACUUUUAGAAUAUUUAGGUAAAAUAUUUAAAUUAAAGUUAAUAGUCAAUAUUUCUUAAGAUAACAAUCAGUUGCUUACAUCUAUAAUUCUCGAAUCAUGAAUACAGGAUGGCAUUUAAAAUAUAGAUAUAAUUUACUAAGAGCAUUAAGAGAACCUUAAAAUUUUAAAUACAUUAAAGAUAUUUGA